GUCGAAAAUCUGAUCAGCGGCGAAACGCGUCGGCUUUUAUACCUGAGUCAUCGAAGGUUCCAGAUUAAUUCCUGAUGCCCGCGUGUCUUCCAGAAAGUUCUAGACAAUUCGCGUCGCUCAUACAACCAGAUUACAUGACCGUCGGUGACCACAGACGGAUAGAAGCAUCGAUAACGUUCGAGAAGCUUCCGAUGCAGGCGCGUCCUGCGCCGAGCGAUAACGUUUAACACUUGUUAGCCGGUGGAAAGCGGCCACCGGUGAAAGAUAAACAUGUAUACGUGUCAAUAUGCUUUCUUCGUUGAUAGUAGGUCUUCUCGAAUUGCUUGAUGCAGCAUAUAGUAUUUAACGCGUUCAGAUUCUUCCGACAGCGCUUGUUCUGCCAUUCCAGGCGUGCAAUAUCUUGCACUGCAGUUGUACAUUCCCCUCAAUACCGAAUGUGUUGUUCAUUGCAUGGGAGUCUUAUCUCUCUCUCUCUCCAUCCUUCUGAACAGUCGAUGAUGAUGUAGUAGGAGGACGUGAGUGGCUAAGGAGCCGUGCCGUCGUCCCUACCUUUACUUUGACAGAAGGGCGAAGGCGGCGGCGAGCCGAGCGGCGGCUGCGACGACCAGCGUUCAGGCUAGCUUCUAGAACGACACGGCGAGUGCCGAGCUUGCGCCUCGAGCACGUGCUGCGCCUCUAUUUUUGUCUUCCUUGAGAGACUGAUAGUCUGAUACUGCCGACCAAAGCGCUCCCCAUUGCGGCGUCGGUGGGCGCUACAAUGUAACUACAUGGCCCCAUUCAUGCAUUGUUCUUCUGAGGAGUUAUGGCAACAUUUUCCAUUUUCCACAACUUUGUGAUUUCGUAAAUUUAGUCAGUUUCUGCGGCGUGAAGAACCGUGAAGGGUUUCGCGUUUCGUACUUAUUCUACACCACAUGGUCCAUGGACAAUCCAGUCCAUGGUCCAUGGCCCAGCGUCUCUUGGCCAUGGGCCCAUGGCCCCGUGUCUCUUGCGUUUUUCAGUUGUAAUCCGCAAUCAAUAUUUCCAUCCUGUUCGUAUAUAACUUACUCUUCGUUAAGUCGACGAAGUCAUCCUUUUGAUAAUACGUCUAUUUCAAUGGCCUUGAUUAGUUACUAAUUCACCAUCUGGAUUUUGUUUGGCAGAUUCUAUACUACAGUCCUCUCGCUUUAUCUUCGUCCGAAUGCUCCCAGCGUGAGUACCUGUGCGGUCGAAUUUACAACCUAGUUUUCGUGCCACACAGGCCCAUGUACUCUUGUUGGCUUCCACAUGAAAUUCUUGCAUCCUCUACUCUAUUUUAACAUUCUGCCCAUGCUGUCGCCGUGUAUAGAACUGAAUAGUCUUGAUACUGUUUAGGAGAUGCUAGUUGCUAUCAGCCACAUCGCACUCUCCUUUUGCAUUGUUUGACUUGCUCUCGUUGAUUUUCUUCUGCACAUUUCCUUUGGCUUCGCAACGCUUGCAAACUAGGGUUGCGUUGCAAGAUUUUGCCCUAUAUUUUGGUCUCGCGUACCGGGAGCAUGGCUUCGUAUCGAAGCUUCUGCUUCAUGUCCUAUAUUAUUGAUCGGCGGCAGUCUUCAGUGAAAUGUAUUUUGAUUCGAGUAGCCUGGUUUGGCAACCAGGCAAUUUUGGGACUGAGCUUUCAAGUCUUGCGCGUGAAGUUUAGUCUAUCAAUCCAUUUUCUUUGAGCAUUCUUCACUGCCUUCGGAGUAAUGGAGUCAGUCGAUGCAUCUUGUUCUUGCAAAAAUCUGUUUCGUGACUCUGCACUAGACAUUCAUUUGUUUCUUCCUCGUACAGACUGUUCAUUGUGCCCGGAGUAGCUUGGACUCCCUUUAUAAAACUAGAAGUCCAUGAAUGGUUCUCGUGGCGUCCUACGCUUCCAAAUUGGCAUCAUCAUUGGAGCGCACAAAUCUACAUUCACUCCGAGCACUUUCACUGCAAUCAUGUGUACUUAGACGGUCUGGCCGAAUCCUCUCAAGCCUUUGAGUUCAUCAGAAUUUUUGACUGGUUUUUAGCUUGAUCAACGCAUUCAUGGGAGUUUCCUUUAAAUGUUCAUUACCGUAUUCUUCCUUCAAAGGCUCCCGGCCAUGGCGGCCGCAUUUCGAUGGGGGCGAAAUGCUAAAUCACCCGUGUACUUAUAUUUAGGUGCACGUUAAAGAAGCCCAGGUAGUUCAAAUUUCCGGAGUUUCCCACUACGGCGUGCCUCAUAAUCAGAUCGUGGUUUUGGCACGGAAAACCCCAUAAUUCCUUCAAAAGCUACACAGCUGUAUAAUUAUCGGUCUACUGCAGCCCUAAAAUAAAUGCAGCUGCCUUGCCAUCAAAGGCAAAAUAGUGGAACUUGUGGAAAAUUCUGACGAAAAUGAAUUGCGCUUUCACACUGUGUCCAAAGUCUUUGUCACAUCAACUUGUAGCCGUCAAACAUUAACAUCUUUAGUUUAGGCAGUUUCACGUAACUGCCAUGAUCCGGGGACUGAUUGACUGAUGCUGACUGGUUACUUUCUAUUGCUGCAUUAUCGCAAUCAUUCGUCAUUAGUCAGCUCAUUUAUACUGGGCUAUCUCUCAAAUUGUAAUUACCUUCAUGCCAUAUUCCACUACUUCCUAAAAUUCGUCAGACGCUGUUUCCUCGAUAACGAACCUCUCCAUCUGUGAAUUAGCGGCUCGGCAACUGUUAUGCCCUUGAUUUGACCAGAGCUUGUGAUUACUGAAUCUACGUCGUCUCCGUCGCUCACUUUUCUUUCUGCCUUUAAUGAGGUUCAUUAUCUCCAUCCUCAGUUUUCCGUCUUUUUCGAAACCUUUCUAUUCAUGUUCAAAAUACAGGCUGACAUUCACGAAGUAGCGAUGGCUUCUAUUCUCUUUAGCGGUUGCUCUCGGCUCCACGGCAUCUGUUCCAGAUUGCCAAUCGCUUGACAGCUAGCUUUUUUCUUCACUGUUGUCCUUAGGGGUGAGGGUCGAUUGCGGCCCACAAGACACCCAGUCCGCUCCUGCACAUUGACUGUCCGCUCUACGCUCCAGGAAAGAUUACUUCGCGCACGAGCCCCACCCGUUCCAGGAGCGACUGUCAUCCACUUCUACAUUCUCUCGCCGAUGGCGUCUUGCUGGCAGACUCGACUGUCCUCCUCGCCCUGCACUACUACUGGUUCUGAGCUGAUUUUCUAUUGCGGUCCACAAGGACACUCUCCGGUCUAUGCUCCAGUGGAGAUUACUUCCCGCACGAGCACCACCCGUUCCAGGAGCGACUAUCAUCACUUCUACAUUCUCUCGCCGAUGGCGUCUUGCUGGCAGACUCGACUGUCCUCCUCGCCCUGCACUACUACUGGUUCUGAGCUGAUUUUCGAUUGCGGUCCACAAGGACACUCUCCGGUCUACGCUCCAGUGGAGAUUACUUCCCGCACGAGCACCACCCGUUCCAGGAGCGACUAUCAUCACUUCUACAUUCUCUCGCCGAUGGCGUCUUGCUGGCAGACGCGACUGUCCUCCUCGCCCUGCACUACUACUGGUUCUGAGCUGAUUUUCUAUUGCGGUCCACAAGGACACUCUCCGGUCUAUGCUCCAGUGGAGAUUACUUCCCGCACGAGCACCACCCGUUCCAGGAGCGACUAUCAUCACUUCUACAUUCUCUCGCCGAUAGCGUCUUGCUGGCAGACGCGACUGUCCUCCUCGCCCUGCACUACUACUGAUUCUGAGCUCAUUUUCGAUUGCGGUCCACAAGGACACUCUUUGGUCUACUCUCCAGUAGAGAUUACUUCGCGCACGAGCCCCACCCGUUCCAGGAGCGACUAUCACCACUUCUACAUUCUCUCGCCGAUGGCGUCUUGCUGGCAGACUCGACUGUCCUCCUCGCCCUGCACUACUACUGACUCUGAGCUGAUUUUCGAUUGCGGUCCACAAGGACACUCUCCGGUCUACGCUCCAGUGGAGAUUACUUCACGCACGAGCACAACCCGUUCCAGGAGCGACUAUCAUCACUUCUACAUUCUCUCGCCGAUGGCGUCUUGCUGGCAGACGCGACUGUCCUCCUCGCCCUGCACUACUACUGGUUCUGAGCUCAUUUCCGACUGCGGUCCACAAGGACACUCUUUGGUCUACUCUCCAGUGGAGAUUACUUCGCGCACGAGCACCACCCGUUCCAGGAGCGACUAUCAUCACUUCUACAUUCUCUCGCCGAUGGCGUCUUGCUGGCAGACGCGACUGUCCUCCUCGCCCUGCACUACUACUGAUUCUGAGCUCAUUUUCGAUUGCGGUCCACAAGGACACUCUUUGGUCUACUCUCCAGUGGAGAUUACUUCGCGCACGAGCCCCACCCGUUCCAGGAGCGACUAUCACCACUUCUACAUUCUCUCGCCGAUGGCGUCUUGCUGGCAGACUCGACUGUCCUCCUCGCCCUGCACUACUACUGAUUCUGAGCUGAUUUUCGAUUGCGGUCCACAAGGACACCCAGCCUGCUCCUGCACAUUGACUCUCCGGUCUGCUCUCCAGAGUGAAUUACUUCGAGCUUCACUCGCCCUGUGACGGACCAUGUUUGCAUUGCUACAUUCUCUCGCCGAUGGCGUCCUACUGGUAUACUGGACCUAUCCUGGAGCCCUUGUGCUUAAUUUUUGCUAAAUAUCACAUACACCCGACUGUACUCCGACUGUUUUAGAAUGACCAACAAACAGGCCUUGUGCCGUUUCAAGAUGCGAGGGUGUUAUCGCUUGUGGCACGAGAUAAUUGUUCGAGCACGCUCAUUUACAGCAAGGACAUUCCUGGCCUUCAAGAGUGACAAUCUUGCCCGAUCGUCCUGCGCAGACUCUAAACAGCCCGCUUCUUCUAACCUCUGAAACCGUGGUACGCCUCCGUGUCGGCGAUGUCCUGCACUGUGAUGGCGGCGUGUUGAUGCUCGGAAGGACUGCUUGUAGUCGCCGUCCCGUGACCGUCCAUCAGAUGUACUUCUACAGUUCUGUUUGGUUUUUUUACGCAGGCAUAUUUAAUGUUUCGUAUAGCACGUUUUUCUGCUUUGAAAGAGUGGUACGUCGCUGAGCGAAUGGAUGACGCUUCUACAAUUAUCAGAAUACGAAGCAGAACAGUAAGGUCUGUUUACGUAGACCACCCAGUUUUUCAGAAGGGUUGUUAUUCUUCACGAGCUGACCUGUAAAUUUUUGGUGGCGAGAGUAAUGGGCAUUAAUUCACAUUGUGCGCUUUCGUAGUAGUACGUUGACUGCGUGUGUGUGCGUUUGCGUGUGUGCGUUUGCGUGUGUGCGUUUGCGUGUGUGCGUUUGCGUGUGUGCGCGUGUUUGAGUGUGCGCGUACUGAUUUGUUCAUUUCGUAUGUACCCACCUUUUAUGUGCUCCUUUUGUUAUAUGGAGAACGGAUGUAUGACAAAGCGUCAGCGCUAUUAGGCGCAGGUCGAAUUCAUUAUAUUUCGGUAGUAUUUCCAGUGUCACCGUUGUAUCCACAAAGCCCGUUGGUUGUUCAUUUCUCCGGUUCAUCCCGGUUAAAAAUCUGUCUGGUUUCAUCCGCUUUUGAAUUGGUUGAACAACUCUUUUCUUUGGCUUUGUUCCUUAGGUUGAUCUCGGUACUCGUUUCAGCAUUCAGCGAAUAUGUAAGGCAUCCUUCUCGUAUCGGGAACGAGGGCUUCGUACACAUUCUCGGUUCUUCCACAUCGCUCAUCACCGACUCAAGAGAUCAACAUGCCUCUACAAAAGCACACAAUGCCAAUAAAUGGGAAAGAUGUUAGUUAUUCUCGCCAGUAAAUUUUCCUGAUUAGCUCAUGAUGGUAAUGACGACCAUUUUAAAAACUGGUUGGCGAUAAAUUUCGCCUUGCUCGUUGUUCCUGGUUUUGAUGUGCCUGAAUCAUUAAAUGCUUUUAUGGUUGGGUGACUGUAUGGAUACGAACAUCCUCUAUGAAAUGGUGUGUUCACGCCGUGCGUUGUCUACGUCACUUAUCGGCACGUAAACUUGCGGUUCGUAAGAUAUGUGAACCGUGGAACCUCGCAGAAAUUUGUUGCCAUCGUAGACACACGAAUAGGAGCAGCGUACGGCUCCUCGACGAGGCAGAGUAGGAUGUAUCUCUGCCUGGUCCAACAUUUAUGUUGCCUGUCGUUCGUUCAUCGGACAGUGCUACCCACUGUCGCCACCAGGUAUACUGUGCCGCCUUGGCGCCGUGGUUUGCUUGAGAUGUGUUGCAUAAUCGUCCACUGCGCGAGGUCAGUAGUAACAGCGAACCGCCAUGGCGCCCUUGACGGGUUUCUGGGUCGGUAUUUUGUAGCGAUGCCUUGCCGGUAAUAAUGCCUUUUCGCGCUUAUCGCGCUUUGUCAGUAAUCAGAGCGGCGGUCCGCUCGCGUUAUCAACGGGAUCAGCCGGCCGUGAGCGGUGGAUAAGACUAGUAUAGAAUAAGUGGUAAGGUAUCGCUACAAAAUACCGGCCCUGAUCUCGUUGCCUGCUGACUGUAGAGAUGGCGUAGUUUUGUCAUUCCAUGAUUGAAAUAUACCGCUUGAGCCAUUGUCAAACGGCUGUUUUUUUUUUUCAUCUUUAUUCAAUCAACAUAUCUAGGAGGGAUGCAAAUUGAGGUAAAGAGUCCAAAAACUUAUCACUCUGAAGGCAGAGGAACCGGUUAUCUGGAAGCUAAGAAGUUCAGGUCCCAGAGAGCCGCAUUCUCGGCAUAGCGACGAGAAGAGGAAUGCCGUACCAGCCUUCAGCCAACACGUGUCGACGUCAUACGCUGGUGAACGCGGAAAGCCCGUAAACCCCCCUGAAGACAUCUAAUUGUUAAUAAUUUUAGGUCUUCUCGACCCAGGCCAAUAUCGGCCAAAGUGUUCACUGAUUCCCUGGCCCAAGUCCCGCGGUAAGACGGUCACCGACGAGACAACUGCUCGGGAGGUGGGAUCCACAAGAGCGAGAAGUUCAGGGAAGAGAUGUUUCUCUUGUUGGUCGUGGGAAUCGGAGAGACGAAUACGAGUCCCGACUACCUAAGCAUCUAGAAUGAUCGUCUGGCCAUCCCUUCAGUUACGUUUCUUCUCCUCCUCCAGGUCUUCCAGGCAGACGAUUCUUCAGAGUCCUCGUAGCCGUCCGGUGACACAUUGCACUCAGAGAGGCCAACUUAGGAAUACAUCAGUUUAUUGUAGGACAAAGUGGCAUACACCGACUAGCGGCGGCCGAUUCUCGGCUCGCUCGCUUCCCCCCGUUUCAUCUAUACACACCCGUUUAAAUCCCUUGCGAAUUGGGGCGGGACUCUUGUUUUAGGUCCCCUCGCUCACAUUCUACCAAUCAGUUCUUUUUCAAGUAGGCGUGAUCAACAAUACACAUUACCCGCCCCCAAUUUCCAGUCCGGUUUUUGGAACACACCGACGAAUAUCACUUAAACGAAAGCCACAUGGCCCCCUUGCUCGAGGCUCAGAUGCCUCGGUGCAGUUGGCCCGGUGCAAUGGCAUGCCCCACGAACACAUAAAUCGCCCCGCGAGCCACUAAACCCCGGACAUGCCGCAGAAUCGUACUCGAGCGCGGCGUUGCCGCGAGGUCUCCCGUUACAUACGUAUGCUCGGCGGCGUAAACUGUGUGUCUCCCACACCGCAACGGGAAUGCCGCCACCACCGGCAGUGCCUGUGCUUGUGUUAGCCCCCAAGAGCGCGCCUAUAUGCCGCUGAGUGACAUGCGCGCUGUGAGGCGGCUGCUUGGCCUCUCGGUAUACGUACGCUUCUCCGUUAAAUGUCCGUAUAUCCUAGGCACCGCAGUGGAAGUGCGCCAUCCCCAGCGGUCCCCGUCUCGAAAAGCAGCGCUGUUCUAAGAACCCAAACGACGUCGGCUGUGAAAGAAUAAACAACCGCGCGAGUGUCAUGCUUGUGGCCCCCGGGUGGCGUUCAAUGCAUGCAAGGCUGAUUGGAUCAGCCAACUUAACUCCUUCUGAUCACCAGAUCUGGAAUUCUUGUGCCCUUUGUCGUCCGGUAGUGGGGCUCCAGUUCAACUUUCCAGCCUUUCUUUUAGCCUUUUGGCUAAGUGUCUGACGAUGCAAAUCAUGUCUAUGGAUUCUUGGGUGGUGUGUACGGUGACCCUGUAGGUGGUGUAUGGUAGGAUGUGCCCUAAGGACUCGGCAGUAUCGCAGCCGGCUCUGCACUUCACAGGGACAUCUCUGCCUCUCUCUAAUCUCGUAAGGUUCGGAAUGGCAGCAAUGUGAAACUUCACCAAGUUGAUAUAUUCCUUUCCUUUGAGAGAGGUAGUGCCUUCUCCCAACCAGGCUGUCGAACCUUUGGCGUUUGAACAGUCUUU